UAAUAUUGAUAAGUUUCCCGGGUGAGGAAAGAAUAUUUUUUGUUUUAACCUUCCUAUAUUUGUAUCAAACAAAACUUUGUCACACUCCUUCCCCUUAAAUACUCAUCAACCCAUUAUUUCUUUCUUUGCUUUCUCUUCUUUCAAAUUUACCCAAGAUCCCAUCAAAGGUCAACACUCUUCUUGUUUCCUUCACAAUCAGAUCUUCAUCACUCUCACCAUCAUGCUCAGAACACUAGCAAGGGAGUUGAAGCUCAGCAACAUCAUCAGCAAUAGUAAUUUGGUUAGAAAAAGCAGCAGAUUCUAUGCAACGGUUGGUGGAAGAAGCAGGUUAGAAGGAAAAGUGGCAAUCAUAACAGGGGCAGCAAGUGGACUUGGAAAGGCCACAGCCCAUGAGUUUAUCCAACAUGGUGCCAAAGUCAUCAUUGCUGACAAUGACACUCAACUUGGGCCUCAGGUUGCAAAUGAAUUGGGCCCAUCAGCCCAUUAUGUAGAAUGUGAUGUCACUAUUGAGGCCCAAAUUGAAGAAGCUGUGAAUGUUGCCAUGACAAAGUAUGGUAAACUAGACAUCAUGUACAACAAUGCUGGCAUAACAGGCCCAAUAACCCCACAUAGCAUAACAGAAUUGGACCUUGAUGAAUUUGACAAGGUCAUGAGAAUCAAUGUUACUGGAAUCAUUGGAGGUAUAAAACACGCGGCCCGAGUGAUGGUACCGGUGGGUUAUGGGUCCAUUAUAUGCACAUCAAGCAUAAGUGGGCUAUUAGGUGGGCUUGGCCCUCAUCCAUACACAAUUUCAAAAUCUACAAUACCUGGUGUGGUGAAAUCUGCGGCUAGUGAACUAUGUGGAGCUGGGAUUAGAGUCAAUUGCAUAUCACCAGCUGCAAUUCCUACACCAAUGUCAUUAGGUCAAGUUGGAAAAUUUCUUCCUGGUUUUACCCCAGAACAGAUAGGGGAAAUUGUUAGUGGGCUUGGUGUUCUCAAAGGUGCAAAAUGUGAGGCCAUUGAUGUUGCUAGGACCGCAUUGUACUUAGCAUCAGAUGACUCAAAGUUUAUUUCUGGCCACAAUCUCGUAGUUGAUGGAGGGUUCACUUGCUUUAAAAAUUUCGUGUUUCCUUCUCCGGAUCAAUCAACCUAAUCAGGGUUUUAAAUUGCCAUCACGAAAGUUAUGAAUGAAAUACGAUUAAUGUAGUAGCAAUUGUAACGUGAUCAUGAAGACCUUGAAAUUUUUUGUGUAAUUGUAUUAUGGUUAAUUUUUAAAUUUGUUGGAGAUUUUUUUUUAUAAUUUAUAAAUUUAAGAAAACAUCACUUUUUCUAUAGUU